CUCUGUAGCAUAAAGUUCACUCAAACCUAACUCAUUACAGUAACUUUACACAUUGUUGUAGGCAUAGGUAUGGAAGCAAAUCAGUGCCAUAAUGUUUUGAAUUUUAAAAGGCAUUGAAUACUUAAUAUUGAAAUUUAAACAACACUGAAUUCUCAUCUGAAUAUAUUUCAAUGUAAAAUAAAAUUCAGGUUGCUCAAAUUCGAGCCUAAAAAUUUCGAUCUUAAAUAAUUCAACCAUAAAAAAUUUGACCCUAUCAAAUUCGAUCUGAAAAUUUUCGAGCUGAAAACAUUUGAGCUGAAAAAAUUUGAGCCUAUAAAAUUCGAGCCUAAAAAAUUCGAGCCUAUCAAAUUCGACCCGAAAAAUUCAGAGUUUAAAAAAUUCAGAUUUUUAACAUCCGGGAUAUCAAGGACAGGUAGAGCAAUCGAGCCUCAAUGCAAUCGAACCAACUUCUGACCUAUCAGAGCACAGACCUUCAGUCAAGCACUCCGAGGAAGCGGGAAACCUUCAAGCUCAAGAAAGAAGAGAAGAGGAAAAGAACGAUGGCUACCCGUGACAGCAACCAGGCUUCGGAAGUGCUGCUUGACCAUAUUUUGGGAAGUCUCCGCUCUCGUUUAGAGCAUAUUAUUAGCCAAAUGCCUUUGGAUUUGGACUACUUAGAGUUCGCUGUCACACAAGAGUAUGUGUUUUUAAAUGCUGUAUCCAGUCGGGUGACUGCUUCUCCAGCAAUUGUAGAUGCCCUGACAUCACUACAUAGGCUUAUAAACCUGGAAAAGGAACAAGUUGAACAGCGAACUUCAACGGUGCAAUUUGAGCAAGGACUAGUUGGACGACCACGAAUGGUCCUCUCUCCGGAGUACCUUAGCAGUCUUUUGGACCUUAACUUGUCCAUCCCAUGCAUAGCUGCACUUCUGGGGGUGUCAAAACGAACAGUGCAUCGACGUAUGGCUGAGGCUGAUAUGUCAGUCAGGACACUGUACAGCACUCUCACAGAUGAGGAAUUGGAUCGGUGUGUGAGAGACAUCAAAUCCAGGCAGCCUCACUCAGGUUAUCGGAUGGUGAAAGCCCUUUUGCAAGCUCAAGGACUGCGGGUGCAGUAUGACCGCGUCAGAGCUUCCAUGCACCGCAUCGACACCGUUGGAGUCAUAUCACGUAUGACCAACUUGGGUUGCAUUGUCCGAAGAACCUACUCAGUUCCAGGCCCCCAGUCCUUGAUGCACAUCGACACAAAUCAUAAAAUCAUCCGCUACAACAUUGUCAUCUUUGGUGGCAUAGAUGGCUUUUCACGGAAGAUAAUGUAUCUUGGUGCAGCCUCCAAUAACCUUGCAUCAACCACCCUGGCCUUCUUCCAAGAAUCUGUGGAGAAGUUUGGUUUCCCUCUUAGGUAA